UAUCCUUCGAGGAUGUGUCCAUAACAUUGGCGCUUACUCCAACUGAAACUACAAAAUGGAACUGCAGAUAUGGCUUCUGAUGGUCUUUACGUGCUGCUAUGCUGUGCCACAAGGUAAGACUGAAAUACUGGAGAUGGCCCAAAAUACUAUUAUGAAUUGUUGAAUUAUUACAUGUUUUUCAGUAGUACUUACUUACUAUACUAAUAGGGUUGCAAAAUACCCUGUAAUUUCCAAAGUUCUGGGAAUUUACCAACACAGAAUUUUGAAAGUUACCAGGAAUAUUUUCUCCCUUUGCAACUCUAUUAACAAAUAUUAUUCUCAUUGUAACAGACAUGUCAGGGAAGGAAAUCAUUUUCCCAGUGGAGUCAAACACUGCCUAUGUCAAGAUAACCCCUGACAUGAACAAAAUCUUCUUUGCUGUGACUGUCUGUGUUCGAUUUUUCACCGAAUACCAGACGAAGGAGCAGACCAUUUUCUCAUUGGCCACGCCUUCUCAUACCAAUGGUUUUGUCAUCUUAAGGGGAGAUGGGGGAAUUUACAGCGUGUACAUUGGGGACAAAGGUAUCAAUUUCAGGGGAUUGUCAGACAAAAUGAACGAGUGGAACUCCGUUUGUGGGACGUGGGAUGCCGGUACAGGACUGACUCAACUGUGGGUGAAUGGGAAGCCAAGUUCAAGGAAAGCUCUCCAAGUCGGUGGCUCCAUCGCUGGUACACCGAGCAUUAUUUUAGGUCAGGACCAAGAUGCAUACGUUGGUGGGUUUAAUGUGAAUGACGCCUUUUACGGACAUGAGACCGAUGUCCACAUGUGGGACAGAGUGCUCUCCCCUUGUGAGAUCCAAAGCUAUAUGAAGGGGGAGAUCUUAUCUCCAGGGAAUGUGGUAAACUGGAAAGCAGUAGAUUACACAAGGCAUGGCUAUGUGGUUGUUGAGAGGAGGCAAAACCUGAUCUGUUAAAAUGUAUCUGACACACUUACUAUUAAACCAAUACAUUUAUUUUGGUUUUAUUUUAUUUUGUUGCUAAUCAUAAAGUAUCAACGUGACUGUUCAGGAUAUAUAGUGAUCUAUUCAAAACCACAUCAAUUGAAGUAGGCUACUUGUAAUGAUGACUGUAAUUCUGCUAUUACAGUGCAUUCUUCCAGCAGAGGCAGUAAUGAGCCACAGCCUCAGUUACUGUAGGCCAGGGAUCAUCAACUAGGUUCAGCCGUGGGUCGAAUUUUUCUUGACCGGAUGGUCGGGGGGCAGGAACAUAAUUACAAAUGAUUUGUAGACUGCAAUUUGACCGCAAGAAUCCCAAACAGA